AUGGCUCUGGCAACCUCUUUUACGGCGUUGCCAUCGAUUGGCCAGAAGAAGAUCCCUGAGCGCUUCCACCUCUGCUCCGGUUUGGACCUCCACUACGCUUUUUGCCUCGACCACCUCUUUCAAAGUGCUGCCGCACCGCAUCCUUCACAAGGAUAUGGAGCUGUAAUGAUUGGUCAGCACCACGAGUUUAUCAAAGGCAUCUACGGUACUGACUUUCGCCACUAUGACCUCGACGAUGUCGUUCCAAAUCAUGUCAGUAUUUCGGGACUUGAGUUUCAGGGGGAUUUUUCGCUUACAGUUGGGGAUUCUGAGAUCAUACCGGUCAAUGGCUGUGUACUGGAAGCCUGGGGAGUUGAUGGCACACCAGCAAGAGAAGAGGAUCGUUGUAAUUGUGGCAUAGGGACGCGUGCAUACGCCUGA